ACGCCCCUUCGCCUCCCUCUCGCGACCUCCGCUCCACUCUCUCCCUCUUUCCUUUGCGGAGCGCCCAACCUCGACGCCGACGAACCCCUGCUCGAGUUUUGGCCUCCCUCUUCGCGAGCGAAGGUCGCUCUGCUCGCUCUUUAUCUUUCCUCUGCGAAGCGCCCCCUGCUCCUGAACGCGGACGCCGCCAACGCCGUCGCCUUCCCAAGCCCCACCGAUAGGCAUCCCAUUGGUGACUCCCGUACGUCCCAAGGAUGUUCGUGAAUUCUGUGAAGAGACUUCGAAUUAAGAGGACUUCUGAGGCUAAUGGACUUGCAUAUCCAUGGGUCAGAGAAGGAGGAAAUGCAUCAGAUAUCCCUAUUGAUAUAUCAGUUUUGAACAAUAUGAGACAAUUUGUGAAGUACGGUCGACUGAAACAAUUUGCUUUACGGGCACUAGCAAGCACACUUGAUGAAGAGGAACUUGCUGACCUCAAGGAUCAAUUUGCUGCAAUUGAUGUAGAUAAAAAUGGUUCUGUUAGUCUUGAAGAAAUGAAAGAGGCCCUUGCUCAGGAUCUUCCCGGGAAGAUGAAGGAACCGCGUGUCUUAGAGAUUCUUCAAGCGUUUCACUUUCUUCUUUUAAUGUUUUGGUGA